AUGACCAAAGUCAGUCCAUUCGACUCAAACCAAGCGAAACCCCUUACAAACAACAAUACCAGCUUUACCCAGGAAAAGACAGACAGGGGCUUUUCUAGGGGCUCAUCCUACAACGCUGCGAUACAGGACAAUAAACUUGCUCUGGAUAAGGAGGAGCGUUGUGGCUCGACACACCAUGACCAUGAUUACCAUGAUGGUCCUUCUUCUGUUGAUUCGUUGACAAUAAUCGAAGACGUUGUAAUGGAAUCUGGCUUCCGAGGCUAUCUCAUUGUCCUUGGCGGUUUCUUGGCCAUUAUGGCCCCGUUCGGUUUUGUCAACAUUUACGGUAUUUUCCACUCUCAGUACCUUGAUAUUUAUAGAGCUCGUGGAGCAUCUGAUUCUAGCGUCGCCAUUAUCCAAUCCUUGGCUGCUGGUUUUCAAUAUGGUUUCGCCGUCGUCUCCGGUCCUCUUAUGAACCGCUUUGGAUACAAGGUCGUCUUCUGGUCGGGUACUAUCAUUGGCUCAUUGGGUUUGCUGCUUGCUUCAUGGGCUACUCAACUUUGGCAUCUAUACCUCACCCUGGGAGUCAUGCUUGGCAUAGGUAUCUCUUUCCUCAGCCUCGCUGUGACAGCUGUUCCUCCUUUGUGGUACAAGAAGCACCGUUCGCUUGCUAUGGGCAUAAUCUACUGCGGCAGCGGUACAGGGGGUGUUGUCUUUGGCUUUGUCGUCCCUGCAUUGAUCAAUGCUGUUGGACUCAGUUGGACCCUUCGCAUCUAUGCAAUUUUCCAUUUUGUCUGCACAGCAUUCGCUUCGAUUGUGAUGCGAGUACCUCGCCAGCUCUCAGGCCCACCUAUUGUAGUUCACAAGACUAUGAUUAACUUUCAAAUCCUCAAGGACCCAGGCUUUGUGUUUUUGAUCAUGAGUGCUGCUCUUUUCGGCUUUGGGUGCAUGGUUCCUUUCCUCUACAUCCCCGCAUAUGCUAAGGACGUUGUUGGCCUUGAUCCUAAUGUCCAAGGUGGUCAGUUGUUGUCUUUGAUGUCAGCCGCCUAUGCUGUGGCCGUUAUUACAGUUGGUUACGCUGCCGAUCGUCUAGGAGCUAUCCGCGUGACCAUCUUUGUAUUUAUGGUGACUGGAGCAUCCUGUUUCCUUUGGAUGUUUUCACAUUCGUAUGCUGCGCUUGCUUGCUUUUCAAUCAUGUAUGGCUUCUUCUCGAGUGGGUUCUUCACCUCGGUGGUAGCGAUUACAGCCAGCACCGUAGGAUUGGCUAACUUGGGGUCUGGGAUGACGAUGAUCUUUUUGGUCAGUACGCCUGGCAGCUUACUUACGCUUCCUAUUGCUAGCAAGAUUUUGGAAUAUACUGGCAACUACAAGGCAAUGAUUGGGUACAAUGCAGCGAUGUACUUUGGUACAGCUUUUUUUCUGUGUCUCUUUAUGAUUUAUAGCCGUUACGCCAAGAGAGCUGAUAAUGUUUAA